ACCCUCAGUUUGUCAAAGCCACCACAUUAAGGCACGAAGAGCCUCAUCAGGACAAGAUUUAUUACUUCUUCCGUGAAGACAACCCGGAUAAGAGUCCUGAGGCCCCUAGGAACAUCUCCCGAGUGGCCCAGCUGUGUAAGGAAGAUAAAGGAGGAACCAGUUCCCUCUCUGCUUCCAAGUGGACCACAUUCCUGAAGGCCAGCUUGAUUUGUGUCGACCCAAUCACCAAGGGCAACUUCAACUGGUUGCAGGAUGUCUUCUUUGUCCCUGCAAGCAACUGGAGGGAGUCCAAAGCCUAUGGGCUCUUCACAAACACCUGGGGAAGCUCUGCUGUCUGUGUCUAUUCCUUUGGGGACAUUGACAACGUGUUUCAGACAUCCAGACUCAAAGGCUAUAAUGGUCCCAGCCCAGAGAUUAAGCCUGGGCAGUGUGCUCCCUCAGGACAGCAUACCCCGAGUGAGACCUUCAAAAUUGCUGACAGCCACCCUGAGGUGGAGGCCCGUGUGGCACCUCUGUCCCCCAGCAAGAGUCCCUUGUUCCACAACAAGCACCGCUACCAGAAGAUUGGGGUGCACGAGGUCUCUGCAGCUGAUGGACACCGUUACAACGUGCUCUAUCUGGCAACAGACAAGGGAUCCAUCCACAAGGUCGUGGAGCUGCCAGAUGGGGUGCAGAACAUCAUGGAGCUCCAGGUCUUCCCGAGGAAGGAUCCCAUCCAGUCCAUGAUCCUGGACCACAAGAGGGCUGUGCUGUACGUUGGCUCCACAAGGGAAGUCCUGGAGAUCCCCAUGGACAUGUGCAGAGCUUAUCGCAACAACUGUGACAGCUGCUUGCUGGCCAGGGACCCCUACUGUGGAUGGGCCAAUGGCACCUGUCAGUCCGUAUACCACAACAGGGAGGUGCUUCAGAACCUGAACUCGGACUUAAAGCGAGGAAACUGCCAAAAGGGAGAUAUUAAGGAAGCCGACUUCCAGAACAUCACAGUCGUCCCUUUCUCCCGCUACUACCUCAACUGUCCCAUUGAGUCCCACUAUGCCACCUACAACUGGUACCACAACAACAGCCUCAUCAAGACCUGCAACACCACCCACCCACAGCAGGACUGCUUCCACUUCAUCCAGAAUGUCAGCCACGGUCACUACGGCCACUACAUGUGCGUGUCGGAGGAGGAUGGCUUCAAGCAGGCCCUGGUGAAGGAGCGCCUGGUCAACCAGCUCCGCUUCCUCUCCCAGAAGGGCCAGGCCACUACGACCUUCGCCUCAUGGCUGCAGCUGCUCCUGGUGGUGGCUUUGGUGGAGCUCUUCCACUGA